CCCAAACCAUUCCCAGAUUCGACACCCGGUUUUCCUUCACUGAUCGACUAUUCCACAUGUUUCGCAUGCGUUGCUAGCCAACUUCCGCAUCCAGUCGAAUGUCGGCAUACCGUGCAUGACGUUUACCUAAUGCCACCACCCGACUUCGCGCCACCUACCAAAGCCUGCCAUAAUUGCAGGAAACGACGCUGGAAGUGUGACCGCUCUGUGCCCGUCUGUCACAAAUGCUUAUCAACCGGGGUAGAAUGUUUGGGCUAUGGAAAGCUGUUCGUAUGGAACAACGGUGUGGCGAGUCGAGGGAAGAUGAUGGGAAAAUCCUUUGGAGAAAAUCGAGCCGAAGAAACGAACGCACAUACUUCGCAUGAUGACUACUCAGAAUCAGCAGUCAUACCAUUAUCGAAGAAUCACUUCUACCAUAAUGCGGACCAAAUACACUAUCCGAAUGACCAGCGCGAAGACACGACAGAGACAGUGUCCUGGCCUCUACUUGACCCUCUCCUCAGGGAUCUUAGUCCCCCCGCACGUUACUACCUUCACCACUUUGCGGAAAAUCUAUGUGAGACCCUAGUAGUGUAUGAUGCACCAGGACAGAACCCCAUGCGAGACCUCAUACCCGCGAUAAAAAGUCAUCCAUCGCUCCUUCAAAUCAUAUUGGCCAAUUCCGCCUUUCACAUAUACAAUACCACGAAAGAACCGUUAAAGCAGUCCUCGUACCAACAGGCUUCAGAAUCUUGCCUUGUUGUUCGUAACCAGGACAUCUGUCGUCCAGGCGGUCCUAUGAAGCUUUAUUACCGUGAUGCAUUGGUGGCCAAACAGAAAGCCUUGUCGCUACUGGCACAAGUGGUGACAUCGGUCAAUAACUCAAACAUCGACAUGGUAUUGGCAGUCAUUCUUUUCUUCAUCAACUACGAUCUCAUCGAGUCCGGCCGUGAUAAUUGGAAAGUACACAUGGAAGGUGCGAAGAAGAUAGUUGACCUUCUCGGUACACCCGCAUACCAGCAGCGCCCGAUAAGUCGGUUGCGGCUCCACGUCAUCUCAGACUUUGUUGUGUUCUGUGUUCUUGGAUCCACCUUCACAUUCUCGACUAUACCGAAUCUCAUUCCCAAAUCUAUUGACCUGGAACCCAUACUUAAAUACGCAGAAACCAACAAUUACCUGUCAUGUCCAAAGCCAUUGCUACGUAUCAUGAUUCAAUCAUCCGAGCUGCAAGACUUACGAGAUCCACUUUCGAACGAGAUUGCCAACAAGGUGCAUGAUCAGAUUGGCAAUCUGAUUUUAGCGACCUUGAAUUUCGACCCCACUCAAUGGUCUAUCAACUUUGAACCUACGUCCCCUGCCGAGGAUCUGGAACAGCGUAAACGCAUAGCCUCCGCUCAUCGGGCAGCAGUCUGCAUCUACCUCGCACGCUUUCUUCCCAGUACCGACCCUCUGCUAGACCCAUCGAGUGACUCCGGUCUCGUCAGUCUGACUGCCCUUGCUGAUGAAGUUGUCCACCAUUUGUCGUAUCUGCAGCCUGGAGAUACCCUCUUUAAGUCCAUAAGUUGGGCUCUGUUCCUCGCCGGUGCAGAAUCAGAGGACCCUGCGCAACGCAUGUGGAUUAUGGAUCGCUUGGACGCUUUCUACAAUGUCAUGUUCUGGGGGUAUAUUCGGACGGUGAAGAAAGUGUUGGAGACGAUUUGGACGAUCAAGGACCAUGCGGUGGAAGGAUCAGAGAGCUGCUGGGUUUCGGAAGUGAAGGUAUUAGGACAGGAGAUUUUGAUCGCAUGA